AUGCGCGGUAGUACCGUGCAGUCCCCUCACACGGUGGGGAAGGACGCUCAUGAUGCCGUACUUAAAGCCGCGUCGCUGACUUCUAGUGCGCUUAUAGCUCCUAGUGCGCCACGAUUGCCGGUUUUUGCGGACGUGGAUGUGUCACAGUACGUGCAGCGGCACAGGGGGCGGCGGGUCGAAGCGGAAAACGCGGCGCGUCAGUCGGACUCCGAUCGCAGGUCGGACCUGCGAUCGCUGUGCACGGGGAUCCGCCGAUACCAGCUUCCGGGGAACGGGGGAGGCCAGCUGCCGGGGGACGGGGGACUAGGCCGUUGCGCGCCCACGAAUGCAGUUCCUACAAUCUGCGCCGUCGCGGAAGUUGCUGCGCCGACCCCCCCGCCUGUCGACGUUUUGCGCGCAAGCUCUGCCGCUCAUUCCGCUGCUGCUGCUAGUAGUACGUGGAGUGAUAGCCGGCGUCUAAGCGUUGCGGGUUCCGCCCCCCCGGAAAGAGCGCAGAGCGAAGGGAACACUGUCGUCACAAUAUCCCGUGAAAAUGCUAGCUGCAGUGGCAGACUCGACAGCAGCGGCGCGGCCGGCCUUCCCCGCCAGAGAGACAGCGACGAACGAAGAGCACGGACUACAGAUACAGGAACCGGCAUUAUGCCGUCUCGUCACCUGCGCGUGGUAAACUCCGCUGCAGCCGUCAUUCAGUGCCGGCCAGUCAACUCUGCCGACCAGCAGGCGGCGAAAACCACGUGCGCCACGCGCCAGCCACGCUCGGGAACGUGCAGAACCGCGAGUUGCGCUGGGGGGAAUGCGGUGGGGCUGGUGAGAGCGACGAAGGCGGAGACGGGGGAGGAGGGGGAGGGAAAACAGGAUGAUGGUGAUGAUGAUGGGGAAGAAGGGGAGGAGGAUGAUGAUGACGUGGUUCUCGCAAUGCCGGUUAGCAUAUUUCGCAGAGGGGUAGUUGGAGCGGCGCCGGGUGAAUGGGACACCAGGGAGGGGAGAGGCGAAGGGUUGGGGGCGAAUGGAACAGUUCUAGUUGCGAGAGCCGCAGCGAAGGGCUGGAGGGGAAGGACAGGGGGGCCAGGGGGACGAGCGUGCGACGCUGGCGACGAGGAUGAGGGGAAUGGCGACGUCGUCACGUGCAAGCCUGUCGCCGUUAGGGUAACUUGCUUCGCAACCCCCGUAAUUCGCAGGAGGGUUUCGAGAAGUGCAGGUGGGAAACUGCCCGCGAGAGGUGCGGCGGGUGGGCGGAAGGAUGCUGCGCGGGUGGCGGGGGGUGCAGCGCUGGGCCGAAUAGCGCGGAGGAGCACGGCAGAGGGAGCAACACUUCGUGCGGGCAGAGAAGGCUCAGAGACGGGGGGAAGCAGCGUCGGUGGAGUGCCGCCCAUGCUGGUGCACAAGGGAAUGGUGCUGUGCGAUGGGGCGCGGUCGAGGUGUGAGACAGGGCGGGAAGGGGAGGAGAAGACAGAGCGGCAGGAGGAGGGCAGGGAGGAUGAGGCACAGGACGGGAAGGGGAUAAGGAGACAGGCGCACGAAGCGGCUGCACGGUCGAAGCGGGCUGAACAGGCAGCGCGGGCAGAGCGGGCAAAGGAGAUGGUGCGAGGGAGGGAGGGAAUGGCAGCGGAGGUGCAAGAGAGCAGAGCGGCAGCAGAUGUGGCGCUGGGAGAGGAUAAAAAACGAGUGGGUGCUGUGAGCGCGCCGAGCCCUGCUGUGAGCGCGCCGAGCCGUGCUGCUGUGAGUGUUAUAGAGGAGGGGAGGAUUCGAGAGCAGUUGCAAUUAAUUGCAGAGGCCGUGGACAGGCGGGCCGGACAGGAGGAGGUGCGGCGUAGAGGGGAGGGGUGGGUUAGAGAGGAGGUGCGGCGUAGAGGGGAGGGGUGGGUUAGAGAGGAGGUGCGGCGUAGAGAGGAGGAGGAGCGGGUUAGAGAGGAGAGGCGGAUUAGAGAGGAGGGGCGGAUAAGCGAGGAGGGGCGGAGUAGAGAGGAGGAGCGGAUUAAAGACCAGUUGCAGUUGACUGAAGGGGUGGAGGAGGAGGGGAAUAAACAGCAGUCCGAGCCAGCCAAACCGAGUGCUUAUCUCGCCAAGCCGAGUGCUUAUCUCGGCGCCAUGGAUGCGCUGAGCUGGCAGGAUCUCUACGUGGACUGUGACGUGGCAGACCUGUGGCAGGAGGCGCUUGGCAGCAGCCCACACGACCGCGGGGAGCAGCACAGCCAAUGGGAGCACUGGGGCAGAUCCAUCCAUUAA